ACGGAGAGGGAGGACCCAGGCUGUUGGCUCCUCUGUGUCGUGUUGAGAUUUUCUGUUUCUGGACGAACUCGAGCCUGACCAGGCGAUUGUGUGUGUGUGUGUGUCGUUGCAAACCGUGUAAAAACUGGAUAACAUCUGGCAGUUGUGUGUGACCAGACCAGCGCUGCAGGCAAGCAAAAGGAAUGGACUAGUUAUUUUUAAAGGGAGUUAAUCCAUCAGCUUUCCAGCCGUUUGGAGUCGGUACAUCUCGCACUACCAUCACUGAAUACUCCACCAUCAAUGUCUUGAGAUCACCAUUGACCAGAAACAGCAUUGCAAGAAAAGCAUCAGCGUGAAUAGCACUAUGACUGAUGGGGACUAUGAUUAUCUGAUCAAGCUCCUGGCUCUUGGAGACUCAGGAGUUGGUAAGACCACGUUUCUGUACAGAUACACAGAGAAUAAAUUCAACCCCAAGUUUGUCACUACAGUGGGAAUUGAUUUUCGAGAAAAGAGACUGGAGCACCGUGUUGGAGGAGUGAAUGGUAAAACAGACAAACCUUUUAGAAUCCAUCUCCAACUAUGGGAUACAGCGGGGCAGGAAAGGUUUCGAAGCCUCACCACAGCCUUUUUCAGAGAUGCCAUGGGAUUUUUAUUAAUCUUUGAUCUAACGAGUCAACAGAGUUUUCUGAAUGUGCGAAACUGGAUAAGCCAACUUCAAGCAAAUGCAUAUUGUGAAAAUCCUGAUGUGGUUUUAAUUGGAAAUAAGGUGGAUUUGUCCGAUCAGAGAGAGGUACAGGAGUAUCAAGCCAAAGAACUAGCAGAAAAAUACGGAAUUCCCUACUUUGAAACGAGUGCUGCCACUGGAGCUGGCAUUGAUCAAGCUAUAAUUGCAUUGCUGGACUUAAUAAUGAAACGCAUGGAUCAGUGUGUCGACAAGAGUCAAAUACCUGAUUCAGUCAAUGGAGGAUCUGCCCAAAAACUAGAACCUGCUGACCCAAAUGAGAAAAAGUGUGCCUGCUAGAAACAACUUCAUCAAAGCUAGAAAGAUUUUUUGCAUGUGCGAAUGUUUUCUCCCGAAGGUUUAUUUUCCAAUAUCAUUGUUUUUGCUUUUUUCUAACUUUCUUCCGGUCAUCUUCAGCAGUAACUUAUUGUUGUAGAUGGAACUGUUGGGUGUUGCCAUCUGGGAGUUGACAAAUGUCAGUUAGAAAAUUUGACUUGUGGAUAUGUACCUCAAUAAAGUGUAUAAUUGCCCAGCCAAAUUAACAA